UUUUCCGAGCGCUGGAAGGCAGAGCUCGGUACGGCAUAAGGCGUCAGUGGCCCUAAUAAACACAACAACAACAAGAAUUUGCGGUGUUCGUGAUAAAAAAAAAAAAAAGUCUGAGAAUAGGUCACAUGUCUGGGGUCCAGGGGACUGCAAGAUACUUCUUAUCCAACACAGUGGAGACCUUAACAGGGAAAUUCUUCCCUGGUGUUUCGUUCAGCCAGCUUGGUGAUAGUUCUUAUGGAAAUGAAGUGGUAUCCAGUCUGUCACUUCAGAUGGUUAUAUAUUUCUCAGCACUUUUCUUUCCAUGUUGGUUGGUGACUUCACUUGUCAUGAUGACUUUAAAGUUUCAGUAUGUUUCCAACCUCUACCAGUUUAUUCUGGCUGCCAUAUAUUUUGCUGUGCCCCUAAUUGAAGUGAUUCGCCUCUACAUUGGACACGUAGGAAAUCUUGAAGAAAAGGUCCCAGAAUUGGCAGGAAGUUGGUUAUUAAGUCUUCUUUUGCAAUUGCCACUGCUACUUUUUUUAAUCUUGGUUCCAGGCACCUGGUCAUUGCCCAUGGAUUAUGCUGUCAAUUCAAUUUUUCUUAUUUUUGUAAUUUUACAUCUAAUUUUUGGUUACCAAGCAAUUAAUAUUACUGCAGCACAUCAAACACGAUUAUAUCACAUGUACUUGGUAAUGAGACAGACUCAAGAAUGAAUUACCUUGUAAGACUAAGUUUAGAAACACUGCAUCUUGCACAGAGUAUUACAGCACUUAUACUAACCUACCUGAGCUGAGUUGUUAACUACAUAUUGUAUGACUAUUAAUGUUAUGCACAGAAUUAUAAAGUGCCUUCUGUCAAGCUGCCUUUCCUGUCUAUGAAAACAGUGAAACAAUUGUAUGAAGAGUAUAUAACACAGUCAGCCCCCCAAAUUCAGGUAAUUCUAUUAUCCAACUAUUUUACUUGAGGGCAAUCUGUGAAUGAAUUUGUUUUCUUCCAAGUUUUUCAAUUGGGGGGGGGGGACGAAUGGGGAUGCCUAAGUUGUAAACUAACCAAAUAAUUUCAUUCAAAAAGUGUUCAAUGACUUUACCAUACUUAUAUCUUUUUCUUGGCAUUCUUUUUUCUUAGUAUUAACAUUAAUCAUAUUAGUGAUAUUUGAAAAGAUACGGCCUCUGAAACAAAAUACAGUAUGCCCAAAUCCAAAACAAAUUUUACUAUGCACACAUAAUUUUGUAUUACUUCCUGAUUUUAGAUUUGUAGGAUGACUAGAAACAUGACCUGUGCAGAUUUUGGUGGCUGCUUUGUACCUGUGUUCAACUGAUUACUUUAACCCUUAAACUGUCCAAACAUAGAUCUAUGUUUGCUCGCAUAGCACUCCGAACGUAGAUCUACAUUUUUUUUACAUUCUUUCUUAUGGAGAAAAUCAAGGGCGGAGCACUACGCACGCAAACGUAGAUCUACGUUUGGACAGUUAGAGGGUUAAAUAUACAUGUAUAUUGAUAUUUUGUGAUAUAAAAUUGUAUUAUCUA